AGUAGGAUUUUGAAGCAAAGGUUGUCAUUCAAAAAGUGCCAGUUUCGUGUGUCGUAUCAACUUCAAAAAAAUUUUAAUUUCGAAAAGAAAAAGUAAAUCAUUUGUCAUGAACAAAUGCGUGUUAUUUUGUGUGGUGGUGGCAAUUUUGUCAGCUACCUACGAGGCGAAAAACAUUGAGACUCGUAUCGUUGAAGGAUCACCGGCAGUCAAUUUUCAGUUUCCGUGGCACGUAUUGCUGAGAAUUACCCAUUCGAAUUCGGCCCAUGAAUCAUUCUGUGGUGGUGCUUUGAUAUCGGCUUCGUUUGUUCUCACUGCCGCUUCAUGUUUGCGACAAGUGAUGAGGGUUCAGUGUGAUUUUGGAUCAAUUCUAUUUUCGCAACCAUUGGUCACAUUGCAUUCAACCCAAGUGCUAUCACAUCCGCAAUAUAAUGCGAAUUUUAAUACAAACGAUGUGGCGAUAAUUCGACUACCCCAACCGGUUGCAUUUUCGACUAACAUACGGGCUAUUAACCUACCGACUCAGUCACAAGCUAUCGAUACUUUUGAAAAUCGCGAGGUUUACAUAGCUGGCUUUGGUGUCACCACACCAAAUGGUAACGUAAUGUCGGAACAACUGAGAUUCGCUCAUCAACGUGUCAUUACGAAUAAUCAGUGCCUGCAACACUUUAACUCUCAAUUUGUUCAGGCUUCGACCAUGUGUGCCAGUGGUAUAGAUAAUUCGUUACAAACACCUUGCUUCGGCGACCGAGGUGGCGGUCUAGUUUCACACAUCUUCGGAACAUGGACAUUAGUUGGUAUCACCAGCUUCUUCCAUCCAGCAGGUUGUACGGGCAUGGCACCGGCCGGCUAUGAACGAAUCACUUCGCAUUUGCAGUGGAUAUCAUUCAAUACAGGCAUUCCGAUUGUGCCGUGAAAUUUUUUUUUACCAAUUUCACUUUAGAGAUUAAGUUAGAAUUAGGUCAACGUGACGUUUUUUCUAUGGUAUUACAGUAUAUAUAUAUAUAUAUGUUGAUUGCACAAUUUAGAAUGCAGAAUAUUUUGCAGUAAUAAUUUAUUUAGACAUUAAUAACAUUCCACAUUUAGCUUAGUGUUUUGCAUCAAAACCAAUCGCGAAUUUAAAGCGAUUUCAAUCAUUUCAAUAAAAUUCCUUUUUUUUAACCUU